GCCAAACAGCAUCAGUUGCAAACAAGUCAACAAACCAAACUAAGCCAAACACAACCCAACGCAACCCAACCAACUCAACUCAAAUCAAUAUGAAAUUGCUCAUCUGUUUGUCUCUGUGCAUUGCCGCCGCCCAGGCUGGCCUAUUGGCUGCACCUGUCACCAGCUAUGCCGCAGUGGCUCCACUUGCCACCUACUCAGCUGUUGCUCCAGUUGCCACCUACUCGGCCAUCGCGCCCAUCCGUUAUGCCGCUGUUGCCGCUCCUCUCUACAGAACACCUGUGACCACUUAUGCCGCUGCGCCCGCAAGAGUCUACACAGCUCCCAUUACAACCUAUGCGGCAGCUCCCAUUGCCAGCUCAUUAUGGAAAAAGUAG